AUGACGACUACUUAUCAAGAUUCUACCGGCGACGUUUUUGGGAAUAUUCAUCGUAUCUUUACAUUACUUCCCAACAAACUCGAGAAAGACGUCCGUGACCACCUCAAGAAUGUUUAUGGGACUCUUGCUCUUGCAUUGGGCUGUGCCGUUUUGGGAGUUCUUUUCAACAAUGUAAUGCAAUUUGAAGCAAUGCAAUUUGUAUUUACAUUGGGAAUUUUUGGGUUGAUGAUUGCAAUCGUAUCGACUGAGGCUAAUUCCUUUAACGAGAAUAAGCGUCUCGCUUAUAUGUUUGGAUUAAGCUUCCUUGUUGGUAUCCAGACUGGACCUCUUAUCGAAUAUGUUGGCGCUGAUGACCCGUCAAUCGUUUUUAAUGCUUAUCUGAUCACAAUGAUUGUGUUUGGAUGCUUUACAAUGAUGGCUCUUCAUGCAGAUUCGACCAAAUAUCUUUAUUUGGGAGGUUUGUUUUUUUUCAUUUUCAAAAUUUAA